GAUCUAUCACUUCUGAAAUAAUGAUGGAAAUUCUUCGUGACAAAGAGAGUGGGAUUAACAUGGAAGGUGGAUUUAUGACCACUGGUAGCAUGGUGUCUGUACUGCCUCAGCAGCCUCAUCUGCCCUGUGUUCACUUCUUCACGGCAACUCCAGAUCCUUCCAGGUCUGUAUUCAAGCCUUUCAUUUUUGUGCCCAAUAUUACUCAGUUAUUGAAAACCAGGUCCCCUACAUUUGGGCAUGAUGAUCCAGUUAAGAAGCAACCACGUUUUCAGAGUAAGCCAGAUCGAAGACAUGAGCUCUAUAAAAAACAUGAAAGUGCUGCUGUAGUUAUGGAAACUACCAAGGGCAAAGGUAAAGAAAUGCUCAUAAAGAUACAGGAGUUGGAGAAACAGAAGAUAAGUCAAAUGGAAUCAAUCCUACAGAACGGAUGUCUUGACACUAACCAAGUGGUUAAGCUUUUUUCACAGUGUGUAGAUGAAGAACUCAAAAUAUAUAGCUAAGAAAACUAUUUGAAUGUGGUAAUGUUCUGCAUUAUAAUUAGGUUUUCUAAUGAAGAGGCUAUAUAGACUACAUCUUGUUUUCAAUGUACCACUUAGUAUGGACAGUUCUAAAGAUGUAGCUUCAUAGUCAGGACAAAUAAAUGGCUUUUGAUUGUAGGAAGCAAUGCUGAAAAGGCUCCUUAAGAGCAAGGCAGUUGCUUUGUACAGGGCACGAAACAGGCAGCAGAGAUUGAUUUUGUCAACAAACAGAUGCAAUUAGAAGGCAAUAGCUUGACUAAAUUGUGGAACAAACCCAUCUCUGGAUGAAGAGCGCUAACUCAGCUUUGGAGAACUCAGUUCUAGUGUGCACAUGUGUAGCUUUUAUAGUCAAGAGAAUUGUAGCAGAAUUUCAGAUUACCUGAAUUAAAAUGGCCAUGCUGAAGACUUUCUAAAAUGUAGAAGCUUGAUGAGCACUGAAUAAAAAGGAAAGUGAUAUGCAAGUCAAGUAAGAUUGAUAUUCAAUUGUUUG